CUGGUCUCUGCACCAUGAGAAACAGGUAUCUAAGUCUGCUUUCAGGACUCUUGGUGCUGCUGCUGUUUCCAAUGGGACCUACAGCCCAGAACAGUAAAGCCUGUGCUUUGCGGUGCCCUCCGAAAUCCUCAUGUGUCAAUGGCAACGCCUGCCGCUGUGAUCCAGGAUUCAUUUCUUCUUCUGGGGAGGUCUUCACGGACCCCUUGGAGAGCUGUGAUGACAUCAAUGAGUGUGGACCACCCUCACUAGCGUACUGUGGAAGUUCAGCAGACUGCCAGAACACAGAAGGGGGAUACCACUGCACAUGCAGCCCAGGAUUUGAGCCUACUUCUGGGGCAACAAUAUUCCAGAAUGAGAGUGAGAACACAUGUCAAGACGUGGACGAAUGUCAGCACAGACCCAGAGUCUGUAAAGGCCGCAGCAUCUGCAUCAACACCAAGGGCAGCUACACCUGCCAGUGCCCACCCGGCUUGGAGUUUAACCCAGAGGACCCGAGGGAUUGCACAGAGAAAGAAUGCACCUCUGGGAGAAACCCAUGCCACAGCUCCGCCCACUGCCUCAGCUUCAUUGGCAGCUUUGAGGGAUGCUGCUACCCCUGCUGGAAGCCUAUCCCUGGGUCCCCCAAAGGCUCAAACAACACAGCCUGUAAAGAUGUGGACGAGUGCAGCUCCGGGAAGCAUCAGUGUGACAACUCCACUGUCUGCGUCAACACUGUGGGUUCAUACAUGUGCCACUGCCGCCAAGGCUGGGUGCCUAAACCUGGAUUCCGAGAUAAGCAAAUGACCACCAUCUGCGAAGAGAUCCCCUUCCCCACCUGGACUGCUCCCCCUGGAAUCAAGAGCCAGGCGCUCUCUCACUUCUUUAAAAGAAUCCAGGAUCUGGGCAGAAACUUCAGCUCGGCCUCUGUCCUGAACACUGUUCGGGACCUCCUACAGGAGAUGGGUGAUCUGCUGGAGAACCCCAGGGACCUGAAAACCCUGCCCUUAUCAGAGCAGCGCUUUGUGGUCACUAACCUGCUCUUUGGCCUGGAAAAUGUCCUGAGAGGGGUGAGCAAGGCACUGCCUAAAGGGUCAUGGACCUUCAGUUCAUCUGCAGGCAUAGAAGUGUCACUGGAGGUGCAGGCGCCAAGCUACAGGAAUAUCACCUUGAUUCAGAAUAGGACUGAGAUGAUGCUGACCUGGGAUACAGUGCAUGAUUCUGGUGACUCAGGUCUUGCUGUGGUGGGCCUCCUGUCCACUCCAGGGAUGCACAGAUUCCUGGCUGAAGCCCCUUUGGUCCUGGAUGCUGAGGAACCGGCAACUCUACAUGAGACACACAGGGGUUUGCUGCAGGAAACCUCCCACAUACUGCUGUCAGAUGUCAUAUCUGCCUUUAUCACCAACAAGGAUGCUGAGAACCUCAAAUCCCCAGUCACCUUUGUCUUCCAACAUUCAGUGACCCCUGAGCCAAGACAGAAGGUGCACUGUGUUUACUGGGAGCGUGGCCAGAAUGGAAGUGGUCACUGGGACACCAGAGGCUGCUGGGUGACCAGCACCAGAGACAACAACACCACCUGCCAGUGCACCCACCUCAGCAUCUUUGCCGUCCUCAUGGCCCACUACAGUGUCCAGGAGGAGGAUCCUGCACUGACUGUGAUCACCUACAUGGGGCUGAGCCUCUCUCUGCUGUGCCUCCUCCUGGCGGCCCUCACCUUCCUUCUGUGCAAAGCCAUCCAGAACACCAGCACCUCGCUCCACCUGCAGCUCUCGCUCUGCCUCUUCCUGGCCCACCUGCUCUUCCUCACAGCCAUUGACAGAACUGAGAACAAGGUGCUGUGCGCCAUCAUCGCAGGUGCCUUACACUACCUCUACCUGGCCUCCUUCGCCUGGAUGCUGCUGGUGGGCCUGCACCUCUUCCUCUCUGCACGCAACCUGAUGGUGGUCAACUACUCCAGUGUCAACAGGUUCAUGAAGAAGGCCAUGUUCCCUGUGGGCUAUGGAGUCCCAGCUGUGAUUGUGGCCAUUUCUGCAGCAUCCAGGCCUCGUCUUUAUGGGACACCCACCAGCUGCUGGCUCCACUCAGAAAAGGGAUUUAAAUGGGGUUUCCUUGGACCAGUCUGUGCCAUCUUCUCUGUCAAUUUAGCUUUCUUUCUGAUGACCCUUUGGAUUUUGAAAAGCAGACUCUGUUCCCUCAACAGUGAGGUGUCCACCCUCCAGAACACGAGGAUGCUGACAUUCAAAGCCACAGCUCAGCUCUUCAUCUUGGGAUGCACGUGGUGUCUGGGAAUCCUGCAGGUGGGACCAGCUGCCCACGUCAUGUCCUAUCUCUUCACCAUCAUCAACAGCCUGCAGGGUGUCUUCAUCUUCCUGGUGCACUGCCUCCUCAGCAAGCAGGUCCGUGAGCAAUACAGGAACUGGUUGAGGAUCAAGAAAACCAAAGCCGAAUCUGAGAACUACACGCUCUCCAGCAGGACCAUGUCUGAUUGCAAACACAGUGAGGAGACUUAAAUUAACGACUAAAUCAGAUGAUCUUCUAUCCAGGUCGGCAAGGAAACUUCUGAACCGUCAUCUUUGGGAAAACUUCUAAAACAUGUUUUCAUGUUUGUUAUAGGAACUCUUCACAGAACCAUUGUGUAAGGAAGUAUGAUGGGAAUUCUUGAUAUUUAGAUUGCUGGAAGAAUUUUGCUUUUCUACUCCAUAUGGGAUGCUCACCUCACUCUCAGCAUAGUCAAAGGGCUCUGAUGCAAUUCCUCAGUUGCCUUAGAUUAAAUCACCUGCUUCAAACUUUUUCUACAAAGUUCCUCAAGUUUGUAGGUAUAUGAAGAUAUUUGAAGGUAUAUGAUAAGGAAAACGAGCUUCAGAAAACUGUCUUAAAAUACUGUAAGACAGGAAAGUAAGGUUCAAACACCUACAUGGAGGAUAAAAUUGCUAUGAUGUCCCAAAUUUUUCCUGGAUUUUGUCCUAAAAACACUUGAAUUUCAAGCAAUGGGACAGUUGGUUUCAAUACAUACAUGUUUCAACUUCUUCACCCUCCAUCUAAAGAUUAUUAACUUAGGCAUUAGAAAAAUAUAUUUUACUACUCACCAUAUGUGUGAGUGUUUGUAAGUCACUCAGUAGUGUCCAACUCUUUGUAACUCCAUAGUCCAUAGCCCACCAGGCUCUUCUGUCCAUGGAAUUCUCCAGGCAAGAAUACUGGAGUGGAUAGCUAUUCCUUUCUUCAGGGGAUCUUCCUGACCCAUGGACUGAAGUCUGGUCUCCUGCACUGCAGGCAGAUUCUUUACCAUCUGAGCCACCAUGGAAGCUUGGUACACACCAUGUACUGCACUAAAUUAAGAGAUCUAGUUUCUAAUUUCACAGAGCUUACAUGUUAAAGAAAAGGCUUUGUUAAGAGUAAAAUCAGAACCCUGUAAAUAAAUAAAAUCUCUACAUCCUUUCAACUGUAAGAUGUGCCAGGUUAGAAAGAGUAUAUUGCUACUGCACAUUUUUAAAGUUUUACUUACAUGUAUAACAAACUAUUUCAUUCUCAGAAUGUGAUCUUGGCAAGAUCCAAGUCCAGAGGGACAUAGAAAUGUCCCAUGGACAUCCACUGACCAGAUUUGUAUCAAUUUAAACCAAAUGGAAAAUGACUUUAAAUGAUCAUAACGUGUUAAAUUUAAAAUAUCCAUGAGUACAUAGUGAUACUUAACGUAUUUGAAAAUAAGUGUAGAAGAUAUGACAGAAGUAGAUAAUGACAAUUUUUCAGUAUCCAGUAAAUCACCACUAAAAGCACUGGGGCAAAUCUUGUGGAAAGAAUGGCCAAUCUCACAAUGCUAAAGAAUUCUCUUAAGUGAUUAUUGAUUUAUUACAAGGACCAAAGUGUAUUUUUAUAAUGUUAGAUCAGAUAGGCACCAAAUGAACUUAAUGAGCAAUCUUAGCAUCAAUAAUAUCAGUCUGAUGUUGUAUAGUUCCUGAUGAGACAUGAACUGAAAGCAUCCCAUUUGUGCUAAAUAAAGGUUCGUGUCCAUA